AUGACGGAGGCGGUGGACCAGCUGGCAGACCGCGUCGGCGGUCUGCAGAUUGGAAGACUCACAGCAGGCACGAUUGGGCACGUAGCGCACGGCAAGUCGACGGUGGUGAAGGCGAUUUCGGGUGUGCAGACGGUCCGUUUCAAGAAUGAGCUGGUGCGAAACAUUACGAUCAAGCUUGGCUAUGCGAAUGCCAAGAUCUACAAGUGCCAGAACGAGAAGUGCCCCCGUCCGCAGUGCUACCACAGCUACCCGUCGAGCAAGGAGGAGCACCCGCCGUGCCCGGUGCCGGGGUGCAGCUCGAAGAUGGAGCUGCUGCGCCACGUCUCGUUCGUCGACUGCCCUGGCCACGAUAUUCUGAUGGCGACCAUGCUGAACGGUGCGGCGGUCAUGGACGCGGCGCUCCUGCUGAUUGCCGGCAACGAGCCGUGUCCGCAGCCGCAGACGUCGGAGCACCUGGCGGCUGUCGAGAUUAUGAAGCUGCAGCACAUCAUCAUCCUGCAGAACAAGGUCGACCUGAUCCGCGAGCAGGCGGCCGAGGAGCACUGGCAGAGCAUUGUGAACUUCGUCAAGGGCACGGUGGCCGAUGGCGCGCCGAUCGUGCCGAUCUCUGCGCAGCUGCAGUACAACAUCGACGCGGUGAACGAGUACAUUGUGAAGCGCGUGCCGGUGCCGGUGCGCGACUUUACCGCGACGCCGCGCCUGAUUGUCAUCCGCUCGUUCGACGUGAACAAGCCCGGCGCGGAGAUUGACGAGCUCAAGGGCGGCGUGGCCGGUGGCUCGAUUCUCUCGGGCGUGCUGCGCCUCGGCCAGGAGAUCGAGGUGCGCCCUGGUAUUGUCACGAAGGACACGGAGGGCAAGAUCCACUGCCGCCCCAUCUACUCGCGCAUCGUGUCGCUGCUCGCCGAGCAGAACGAGCUGCAGUUCGCCGUGCCCGGUGGUCUGAUCGGUGUCGGUACCAAGAUCGACCCGACGCUGUGCCGGGCAGACCGCCUCGUCGGCCAGGUGCUCGGCGAGGUCGGCCAGCUGCCGGCCAUCUACACAGAGCUGGAGAUCAACUACUUCCUGCUCCGCCGCCUGCUCGGUGUCAAGUCAGACGACAAGAAGCAGACCAAGGUGCAGAAGCUCGCGAAGAACGAGGUGCUCAUGGUCAACAUUGGCUCCACCUCGACCGGCGGGCGCGUCAUGAGCGUCAAGGCCGACCUGGCCAAGAUCUUCCUCACCUCGCCGGCCUGCACAGAGGUCGGCGAAAAAAUUGCCCUCUCACGGCGUAUCGACAAGCACUGGCGCCUCGUCGGCUGGGGCAGUGUGCGCCGCGGCACACAGCUCGAGGUCGAGGGCGCCGCGUAG